GUGAAUCCAUUUUAGGACACGUAGAUAGUAGAAUUUUUCUAUUUUUCUAUUUUUUAUUUAUAUUUAUAUAUUAAUUAUCUCUUUAGCUUUUCUUUAUAAUUGGUUUUUUUUUCUUACGUGUGGCUUCUUUUAACAGCCUCUUCUCUCUUGUCUAUUGGUGAGAAUAAAACAGAGAAGGGUUUCUCGCUGUCUCUCUAUACCAAUUACCAAUCUCUCUGUCUCUCUACAAUCAAAACAGAGAGAACCCCAAAAACCCAUAUUAUCUUUUUCAUUCAAUCCUUGGAGAAGAAGAAAUUAGAAGCAUAUACAAAAAAGAUGCUUUCAGCAAAAUCAGAUUCCGAUAUCACAAGCUUAGCUCCAUCUUCACCAUCAAGGUCUCCAAAGAGACCAGUUUACUACGUACAAAGCCCUUCAAGGGAUUCUCACGAUGGAGACAAGUCAUCAUCAAUGCAGGCCACACCAAUCUACAACAACACCCCUACUGACUCACCUUCUCACUCCUCCUUCGGCCGCCACUCAAGAAAUUCCUCCGCCAGCCGAUUUUCAGGGAUUUUUCGGUCCUCUUCGGGUCGAAAAGGCGGUAGCAGGAAACACCAGCAGCAUAAAAAUAAUGACAAGGGUUGGCCUGAGUGUAAUGUGAUAUUGGAAGAAGGAGCUUAUGAUGAUAUUGAUAAAAACUACUCAAGAAGAGUUCAAGCCUUAAUUGCUCUCUUUAGUUUCUUUGUUCUCUUCACUGUCUUUUGUUUGAUCAUUUGGGGUGCUAGUAAGCCUUUCAAAGCAGAGAUUACUGUCAAGAGCUUGGCAGUGAAUAACUUGUAUAUUGGGUCUGGUUCAGACUUUUCUGGUGUCCCAACAAAGAUGCUAACAGUAAAUGGAUCAUUAAGACUAAGUGUAUAUAACCCAGCUACCAUAUUUGGUAUCCACGUUAGCUCAACUCCAAUCAAUCUAAUUUAUAAUGAGAUCACUAUAGCAACCGGUCAGUUGAAAAAGUAUUAUCAACCAAGGAAGAGCAGAAGAAGUGUGGAAGUGAACUUAAGAGGAAGUAAGGUUCCUCUUUAUGGAGCUGGCUCAACUUUAAUUGUUUCACAAAAUGGUGCAGUGGUUCCUUUGAUAAUAAAGUUUGAGAUCAGAUCACGAGGGAAUGUAGUGGGGAAGCUAGUUAGAACAAAGCACAAAAGGCUCAUUUCUUGCCCUGUUGUAAUCGAUUCCACUAAGACCAAACCCAUCAAAUUCAAGAAGAGGUCUUGUACCUACGAUUGAGAGUAAUGGAUGUUGUUUUUUUGAAGAAUAAUAAAGAGGGAUAUGUAUUAAAUUAAUGUUGUUGUUGUUGUUGUUGUUGUAGAUAUGAUGUAAUAAUUAAUAACAUGUCUGGUUUUGAUUACAUUACACAAUUUACACUUGUGGAGUGAACUGAAAAGAUGUCAGACUCACUCAGGGGCCCUUGUAACAGAUUCUUAUGUUUUUUUUUUUGUUGAUGUUGAGAUUCAUUUGAGUUUCA